AUUAUCGCUUGACCUGUUUUGCAUCAUCUAUUUAACAUUUCACCAAAGGUAACAUUUUUUCUUUUACUGAAACGUUUUUUUUUUCUUGAGGAAUAAGAGAUUAGUCCUUUACAAAAGAAUUAGAUAUUCAUUAUAAGACAUCAGUUAGGCCAGGUUCACAUUUAACUUCACAUUCACUUUCACCUAUCCUUUGGUCUGAUUGACCGCUUGGGAACCACACAAGAUCAGUUAACCUUUUUUCUCCAUUCUUUUCUGUCAUUUGUCUUUGAUAGAAUUUCAUUCUGAUAAUAUUGAAACCUGCCUUUUUACCUGCAUGGGUGGAACACUUCGGGGGCCGAUUUUCAGUUUGUGUUUCCACACAAACUGUCUUUGUGAUCUUGUUUAAAAUGUAAAAAGAAAUAAACUCAUUUGUAUAAGAAAACUAACACCUGACUUAAAUCUUUCUUAAUGAGUUUCCUUUGUGUAUUAUAGGCCUAUCAUUAAUAGUGAUUGUUGUUUACUGGACUUAAACAUAUUAUCAGGAGUUUAUAAUAUAAAAUGGGAGAUUAGACCCUUACAUUAAUUUAACUAAAGAUUAGAACCCUACCUUUAAUUUCACAAUAAACAUAAUACAUUUUAAACCAGACUCUGAUUGGAACUUGGAGAUUUUUUUUUUACCUUGAUGUCAAAUACUUUCCUAGCACAUUUAUUAGAAAGGCAUUUAAAUGAAUAUCACUUUGUUUUCCACUGCUCAUUAUUAUUAUUUAAAAAAAGCAUAAUUCCAAUUAAAAUUAUGAUUUCAGGAAAAUGCAGUCCUAGAUUGAAUUGUGACAGCUUUAUUUGGUCAGAUUGAAUUGUGACAGCUUUAUUUGGUCUUGAUCUGGCUCUUGAGAGAAUACUAUGAAGACAGACAUUUUGAAAACAGUUGUAAGUGGAUGCCUUGUGCUACAUUCAGAGUGCUACUGCCAUUAGUAGUCACAUUUAUACUGUACCACUAAAAGACCUAAGCUGCCAUAGAGGGCAGCACCUCCGUUGUUCAGCAGUACCAGGUCCCUGACACUAAAGAUGCUGAAACGAAAGCUUGAGGAGACUGCUGGUGAAGGGGAGGGCACAGAGACGACAUCUAAUGGACAGUCUGAAAGUGAUGAUAGCAACUGUUCAGCGGGGAGCACAGAUGCUUUGGCACCAGAAGCAUCUGGUCCAUCUCCACCAAAACGUAUGAAGAAAAAGGUGAACUUCAAAGGAGUGACAGUUUAUUAUUUCCCAAGAAGACAAGGUUUUACUUGCGUGCCAAGUGAGGGAGGAUCAACAUUGGGCAUGUCGGAGAGGCAUACUUUCACCAAAGAUUUUUCUCUUUCGGACUACACAAAAGAGCAGAAAAGAAUACACCGUGCUAUUCUUGCUGAGCAGAGGCGGCAGGGGAAGAUGUUCCCCUCUCCUCUUCUUGCCUCCAGUGUGCACACUCAGGACGAUGAGGACAUUUCCUCUGGCAGUGAAAGCGACAGUGAGUAUGAUGACUACUAUUUCCUGCAACCUUUGCCCAUCCGGCAGCGAAGAGUUCUGCUGCGCACAGCCGGGGUGAAAAAAAUUGACAACGAAGAGAAAGAUGAGUGUAGGGAUAUCAGAGUUUCUCGUAACGUUUGUGGCUGUGACUGUAAAGUGUUUUGCGAUCCAGCCACAUGUUCAUGUAGCCUGGCUGGUAUACAGUGCCAGGUGGAUAGGCUCUCUUUCCCUUGUGGCUGUACCAAAGAUGGUUGCACUAACCCUGCAGGAAGAAUUGAAUUUAAUCCUAUCCGGGUCCGGACUCACUUUAUUCACACUUUGAUGAGGUUAGAACUGGAAAGAAAAGACUCAGAAAGCCCUGAGAGCACAUCUUCUGCUGCCACUACAUCCUUUCUGCAGUCCUCUUCUGCUAAUGUUGACAUUGAUGUGGUGGGAGCUAAUGGUGAGGAAGUUGAUGUAGUUGUAGAAAACCCAGAAUUUACUAACAAUGAUAGCUGCAGUGGCGCCAGCACUGAUUCUAGUUCAUCUAAUGGCAAGUUAAAGAGUAAACUUAAACAGAAAAAAGCUGAAUCGAUUGAUCUGAAUCUGUUCAACAGCAAUGAAAAGGGAAGUUGCAGAGAUUGCCAGAACACAGACAUGUGUAACGUCAUGAUGCAUGAUGUCAAAUUUUCCAUGGCGACCCAGCAGAGGCAGCAGCAGCAACAACGAGCCAUCAGCAUCACCCUUGGAACUCCACCUGGCUAUCAAGGAGCUGGAAGCCAGCAGCAGAUUCAACAGCACCACCACUUGGGUUUGUCUCCAGGCAUCUCCUUACUUCACUCUUCUAGCCAACCUCAGGCCCCUCAGCAGCAGCCUUCUUCAGGCACACACAUGCUAUUGUUCAAUGACGGAGAGGAUGACGUGUACCAGGCUGAGAACACAACCUCUAUGUACUUUGACAAUGAUGACAGCUCCUACUCUGAGUUAAGUGACACAUCCCAUGAAGGACUGGAACCUCGCUCAUUUUCUCUUCUUAGCCAGAACAACUUCAGCAGUGGCAAGUUCCAUCUGCCUCCAUCACAAAUAUUCAGUCACAUGGGUGGGGCUAGCAAUCCUAAAACGCAGUCAGUGAUGUCUGGUACUAACAAUGUCAUAACUCAACCAGGCCUGCAUCCUAUUUCAACUUCUUGUAGUCUGGGUGUUGACCAUCACCAGCCUUGCAGCCUGAUGGCACAGUCUACAACCACAGUGCAUGCAGGGCAGUCAUUACUAAGAGCUCCUUACCAACAACCAAUGUGUAGUGUGCCACCAUCGUCUACGGUUCUUCAUCCCAGGCCCCAACUAGCAUCAAGUCUUGGAAUAGAUAUGUCAGAUAGUAGUCACCUCUUACAAGGUAACUUACCGAGGUUCCCAAAUAAGUUUAGCCAUUCUGAAGAACUGGACACUACACUGCACUUGACCACACCUUCUUUUAAGCUGGACACGCCCCUUAUUUCUGCGCACAGUUACGGCAGUGAUGCUGUACCUGCAGCAGAUUAUUUACCCUCUGCUAACAUAUCGACACCCAGCACUGGCUCAUUUGGUAACCUUUCACCAGCUGUACCUAUUAUCCCCAACACUACUAGCUUUGAUACUCUGCAAGGUGGACCGUGCUGGACAACUUCAUUGGUGAGUUCUUCAUUAAGGGAGUGCUAUGGGCCCUCUUUGCCAUCAACAUCGAACUCGGGGUUGGAACAAGAUAGUCCUUGUAAGUCUAACUUUCAUCAUGAUCUAGAGUCUUGUGCGCUGUCUCCCACUACUACCUAUGCUACCAUGACAACAACAACCCGUGACCUCUUGGCUGCCCACUGUCCUGGCAUCUCAUCUCACAUGGACAGCAAGUCAGAGCAUGCCACCAACUCUUCCAUCAAAGAUUCAGAGCCAUACACAAACUUUCACCUCCCUAGCCAGAGCUCCACAACCGGUGACAUUCUGUACACAUCUCCAUACUCUGAUAGAAGAAUCUUGGACUCUGGCAGUGGCACCAUAACAUCCACUGCGGAGUUAGAGAGCAAAGCUUGUAACUUGUCAGAGGAACUCUUCACCACUGCCUGCGUUGAUUCAACCUCCCAUACAUCUAAGCUUACAUCUUCAGAUGUCUCUAGCUCUGAUGUCACUUCAUCAAUGCUACCUUUGUCUACAUCCUACAUUCUGUCAUUGCAGCCUGCAGUGUGUAGCUCCUCCUCUGACUCUACUGACUCCAAAUGCUCAACAGUGGCUCAGCAGGGAAGUGAGGACACCUCUGUGUUCUAUGACUGUCAAACCAGUUCCGUGUUGGGGGUUUCUGACACCCAUGCUUCGCUGGACUCAAACAUUGCCCCGAGUGACUUCUCUCCCCAGAGACUUCAAUGUUCACACGUAGAUGCCCCAUGGGAUAGUCAAGAUUCUUCAUUGGAGAAAAUGUCUGUAGAUAUUCUAUGUGAGGGCUCAGAGGCUGCAGUGUCUUCUUCCUCUGCACCUUCCUCAUCAUCAGCAUCUCCAACUACUUCAGAUGAAGAUAAAGACACAAAUGUGAGGCCCAGUUUUGGGGAGAUUAUGAAGGAGUCUCUUGUUGAAAUGGUUCUUGUAUAAACCUGUUAGCUGAAAGACUCUAGAUUUCAAGUUGUAUUAUUUUCUUUGAAUAGCCAUAUUUUAAUGUCAUAGUAUUUAUGUAUAUCUUAAAAUAAUUUUUAGCAGACUUUUUUUUUUUGUUAAAUGAUAUUUUUAAAAAACUCAUGAUAAAAAAAACAAAAACAAAAAAAAACAAAACAUAAAACAAAAACAAUUAAGGCUUGAGGUAAUUUAUUAAUUUUUGAAACCAUUGGCCAGUGUAGAACAAUUUAGUAAUUUAUUAACUAUUCUGAAUUUUUAAUUCAAAUUAUUACUUCAUUAAUAUAAACCUGUUAAGUUAUGUGAAAUCAGACAAGCCUGGCAUACAAGUUCCAACUAUUAUGGAUUAAAUUAAUGUAGCUUGUACUAAGUGGGCUUCAUGUUUAUUUUCGACCAUCUUUGUGAUAUAUACUGUAGUGUAUAUAUAUAUAUAUAUAUAUAUGUGUGUGUUUUACCAAACCUGUCUCUUAAGGUGUAUAGAUGGCCUUUGCUGCCAUCAAUGCUUACUCUUAGUUUAUAAUAUAUUUGAAAUCUAAAGAAUGUUUAGUUGUGGAUAAAUAAUAGGAAAAUUAUUACAAUUUUAUUUUUAUUGGAGGGAUAUUUUUGUAAGAGCAGAUUUUUGUUCAGUCAUGGGCUUUUUCUGCAAGGACGGAUUUACUUAUCAGUGAUGGGUUGUUUCUGCAAUGACUGAUUUACGUAUCAGUGAUGGGCUGUUUCUGCAAGGACUGAUUUACUUAUCAGUGAUGGAUUGUUUCCACACUGAUUUACUUAUCAGUGAUGGGCUGUUUCUGUGACAGCAAAGUUUUUCAAUGCUGAUGAGUUCAUGUAACAAUAGAGGUUCUCAUAAAACAAUGGAUUUAGUUCUUUGGCUGUAUUCUUUUUCAUCAGCGAUGGGUCGGUCAUAACUUGUUUUUUUUUCUAUAAAUAUCCCAACUCAUUUUUAGUGCAAUAUUUUUGUUUUAUUGUUAUUGUUCUUUUAAAAACAAAACAACAACAAAAAAAAAAAAAAAGAUGAGUCCAACACCAAUCAAGUCAAUAUUAUAAAUACUAUGUGUACCCUGUCCUGAGAUAGGAUGUUUUUGUCUAACUAAUUGGAGCCCAAAAUUAAACAUGUUAAUUACUUUACAUUAAGGGCUGCAUUGUGUGCAUUGUAAACAUAUUCUAUAUGUUCUCCCUACAAAUUAGCUUGUAUUUAAAAAACAGUUCAAGUUUAUACAUACAGAUUAAUCUUGUAUUUAAUGGAAUCAUAAAUAGAAUGAAUUUUCAAUAACUAUAGAAAACAAAA